AUGGCCUCAGCCAUAACAGACGCAGUCCUCAAGACCGUCAUCCGAGCCGUCGCUGCGACUUCAUCGAAUACCUCUUCAAAUGCGACAACUCCAAGCGUCAACGGCCAGGCCGGUGUUCUCGAGGGCGCCAACCCAAUAAAAUACAGCGCCUCGGCACCCAUCACCUUGUUCAUCAUCCAAGCCGGCAUCGUCAUCAUCUUUUGUCAACUACUUGCUUACCCGCUACGAUGGAUCAAUCAACCCAAAGUCAUUGCUGAAGUCAUUGGCGGCAUUCUACUCGGUCCCUCCGUCAUGAUGAGGAUACCCGCCAUCUUCCCCAAAGAAUCCAUGCCCGUCUUCAACAAUGUCGCCAACCUCGGCCUCAUCAUCUUCCUCUUCCUCGUCGCUCUCGAAGUCGACAUGCGCAUGUUCACCUCCAACUGGAAAGUCGCCCUCUCCGUCGGUCUCGCCGGCAUGAUCCUCCCUUUCGGGUUAGGUUUCGGCAUCGCCUGGGGUUUAUACCACCAGUUCCACAACGACGGGACCACGGUGCCUAUUAGCUUUGGUGUAUAUGGUCUCUUCAUCGGCACUGCACUCGCCAUCACUGCGUUCCCUGUCUUGUGCCGUAUUUUGACUGAACUCAAGCUGUUGAGGAGCAACGUGGGCGUGACGGUGUUGGCGGCGGGGAUUGGGAAUGAUGUUACCGGCUGGAUUUUGCUGGCGCUUUGCGUAGCGUUGGUGAAUAACAAUAGCGGACUGGCGGCGCUAUGGGCGCUACUGUGCUGUAUAGGGUGGAUUUUGUUUUUGGUGUUUGCGGUAAGACCGCCAUUUAUGUGGUGGGUGAGGAGGACGGGGAGCUUGCAGAAUGGACCGACGCAGGGGGUGGUUGCGCUGACAUUGCUUCUCGUUCUCUUUUCUGCGUUUUUCACGAACAUCAUUGGCAUCCACGCCAUCUUCGGCGCAUUCCUCGUUGGAUUGAUAUGCCCCCAUGAGGGCGGCUUUGCAAUCAAGAUGACGGAAAAGAUCGAGGAUCUCAUCUCUGUCCUCUUCCUCCCUCUCUACUUUGCCCUCUCUGGUCUAAGCACCAACCUUGGUCUCCUUAACGAUGGGAUCACAUGGGGCUACGUGAUUGGAGUCAUUACCUGCGCCUUCGCCGGCAAGAUCAUCGGCGGAACCCUCGCCGCUCGUGCUAACAAGCUCCUCUGGCGCGAGUCUUUCACCAUUGGAAGUCUGAUGAGCUGCAAGGGUCUCGUCGAGCUUAUCGUCUUGAACAUUGGUCUCCAAGCCAAGAUCCUCUCCCAAAGAACCUUCACCAUAUUCGUCGUCAUGGCCCUCGUCACUACCGUCGCCACCACCCCUCUCACCAAAGCCUUGUAUCCCCCAUGGUACCAGCGCAAAGUUGAAAGAUGGCGCCGCGGUGAAAUCGACUGGGACGAAAACCCUCUUGUACCCUCCGAGUCCAGUCCUAACACGUCCGACCCCUCCAAGCCCGGCGGCGACCAAUCCUCGAUCCAGCGUAUGCUCGUCUACCUCCGUCUCGACAGUUUACCCUCUCUCCUUGCCUUCAUCACCCUCCUCAGCCCCCAGGCCAAGCCCUCCGAGGUUGAAUCCACCGACAAAGGCAGCAACCCUUCUCCUCCCACCCGCAAGCAAAAACUCCUCGAAGUCCACGGCCUCCGCCUCAUUGAGCUCACAGACCGCACCUCCUCCGUCAUGCAAGUAACCGAAGGCAUAGCCGGCGAAGAGGAGGAGCUUUAUUCGUUGCGCGACCCCGUGAUCAACACCUUUCGCACUUUUGCCUCUUUGUCGUCACCGAGCAUGUCCAACAACGUGGCUGUUUCCGGGCGCGUAGCCAUCGUUCCCGAGUCUUCGUAUGCUGAGACGCUCGUUUCGUACGCGGCAGAUACGCAAUCGGAGUUUGUGCUGAUUCCUUGGAGCGAGUAUGGGAGUCUGACGGAUUUGGAUCAACCUCUCUCCGUACUAGCUGGUGCUGCUGGUGCUAAUGCAGGCAAUGAUCGGUUCAAAGGUAGUGCUCAUCUAGAGUUUAUGCAUAAAACUCUUGCAAAGGCAGAGAGGGUGUGUAACGCGGGGAUUUUCAUCGAUAAUUGUUUUGGUGGGUUUGGUACUCGGGCCCAAGGUCUACACUCUCAACAUCAUACACCCCAAGACCAACUACCAACCUAUCCAACCACUAUCACAACCCGCACACACCACAUCUUCCUCCCUUUCAUCGGCGGCGCAGAUGAUCGUGUGGCUCUAAACUUGGUCCUCCAAUUACUUGGCAACAACGAUAACGUAACUGCUACUGUGGUUCAUCUCAAGUAUACCUCUACCGCCUCCACCUCCAACUCUAUGGGGGAAUAUAACGAGGACGCAACACUGCUAGCGACGUUCCGCGACUCACUCCCCGAGGGAAUCGCCUCGCGCGUGGUCUUUGAGGAAUCGAACUUGACAGAGGGUAAGAAUGACUUGAUGGAAACGGUGUUGGGAUUAGCGAACGUUACGGUGGGACAACAACAGCAGAAAAAGAAGGGCGGCGGGGCGGGUGAUGUGGUGGUUGUGGGACGGAGGCAUGGGGUUGUUGAUGGUGUUGAGGGGGCUGUUGGUGGUGCUGGUGGUAGUAACAGUAGUCGGGUGGAUGUAGGUGGUGGGACUGCGAAUGGAGGGGGGUUGGAUCUGGGAAAGACGGUGGGUGUUGUGGCGGAGGGAUUGUUGGUUAGAGGUACGGGGGCGGUUAAUGCGAGUGUUUUGGUUGUGCAGGCUGGUGGGGAGAGGAAGUAGGAAAUAAGUAGUGGUGAUGGUUGUUGGCUGAAGGUGGUGGUUAUAGGGAUGGAUGUGGAGGAUCAUGACGUGAUGACUGAUGUAACGGAGUUGGCAAAUUGGAUAAGUUGAGAAAUAUACACGUUUAUAACU